AUGUUCGCUUCGACGUCACAAAGAAAUGAUGAUGGUUUGCGGGCGUCUUACAAUAUCUCGUUACUUAUAGCAAAAUCCGGAAAACCGCAUACUAUCGGAGCCGUUGAAGAGGUUUUAAAAACUGUUUUACACAAACACGCAUCUGAUAUCAUUAAAAGAAUUCCCUUAAGCAACAAUACUGUUGAAAGACGUAUUGAUGAAAUGAGUUCUGAUAUUGAAAGCUGCUUAUGUAAUUAUUUGCAAACGACCCAUUUCUCUAUACAACUGGACGAGUCAACUUUACCUGAUAAUGCAGCAUUAUUAUUGGCAUAUGUUCGUUUUAUUCUGAAUCAAGAAAUCUACGAAGAACUGCUCUUCGCAAGAACUUUGAUAACCGACACUAAAGGUGAAUCAAUAUUUCAUGUUUUGAAGGAUUACUUCAUUGAAAAAGCAAUUCCUUUAUCAAAUAUAAUAUCAGUAGCUACAGAUGGAGCACCUGCCAUAAUUGGACGUUAUCGUGGAUUUAUAAGCUAUUUAAAACAAAAUGUGUCAGGGGUGUUAGCAAUACAUUGCGUCAUCCAUCGACAACAUUUAGUUGCUAAAAAUUUGAGUGUUAGAUUGCAUGAAUCACUUCAUUUAGUCAUUGAUGCAUUGUGUGAAGAAAAUGACGAACACUUUCAUCAAUUACUCCUUCACACUGAAGUACGCUGGCUGUCGAAAGGCUUAUGUUUGACAAGAUUUUUUGCACUUUUUGAGACCAUUUUAGAAUUUGUGGAUACUAAAGAUAAAAUUUUAAAAGAAAAUUUAAUGAAGAGGAAAACAGACAUCGCCUAUUUAACAGAUUUGUUUACAAACUUUAAUAUGUCCAUCUUAUCAGCGUUUCUUGCCAGAGUUAAACUAAUGAAGCAAAAUAUUGGACGGGGCGAAUUUUCUCAGUUCCCCAAUUUGUCACAGACAAGCUGCCAGGAAGACGACGUUUCUACUUACGUUCAACAUUGA